AUGCUGACAAGAGUGAGUGUCGCGGCAGCAAGGGCCUCUCGUACCUCUUCACCUCUCUCCAAAUGCACAGCGCGCUUUGCAUCGACCAGCACAAGUGGUGAAACCUUGUCCCCGGCGGUCGCCUGGCUUGUCGGUGCCAAGGGAAUUGACUCUGCGACUGUGAGGCGUCUGCCUCGCUCAGGACCGAAGAACCGGCUAUUGAAGGGGGAUGUACUGAAAUAUCUGGCGAACCCAUCGAUUUUGGACAAUGCACCAGCGGGAGGGGCAGUUUUUGCUGUGGACGGCAGUGAUGAACCUCUUCUCCCAGCGGCCUACUAUGGCAGCGAAGUGGUUGUGAACGACCUUGUCACUUUCGUGAAGAACUAUAAUGAUACCUACCAUGCGGCAUUGUCCGUAUCCGACCUGUUCACGAGGGCGGCCCAUCUCGCAUUAAAGGCGGUACCCGAAGUCAAUGCGAAAUGGGUGGAAGCAAACCAGAAGAAGGAAGUCAUCACGGAGCCUCGGAUUCUGAUCACCAGGCUGGCACCACUUGGCAGUGCGCGCAUGUUGCUUGAGAAGCCGGAAGAUGUUGGUGGCGUGAAACUCAGCAAGAUCUUUCAGGACAACUUGAAAGCUGUGGAACACCCCGGCACAGCCUUCACCAUCUUCGACGCUGUUCUCUCCCCUCUAGCCGAAGUCACAGCCUACCCCACAUCCCGCCACCCCGUCAACUUCACAAUAGGCUCCAUCCGCAAAGAGUCUCAACAAAAGCCAUCCAGCAGCCUCAACGACCUCGACCUCAUCUUCGGCGCACCCAACAAAUCUUCAACCAAACCCUCCAAAAGCGGCCCACCAGACGCCACGAUUGUUCUCGAAUCAACGAAACCGAAAUCGAAGACCGCCACGGCCACCUCGCCCUCCGACAUCGAUUUCUUCGCUCAACCACCACCCUCGAGCUUCUACACGGGCUCUUUCUCCGGGGAAUGCGAGCCUAGAGUGGAUUACGUGCUUGAUGCGGAUCUGGUGGUGGAUGAGAGGGCGGUGUCGGCGAAGGUCGCCGAUAAGUUUUUAGCGACUUGGGCUAAGCUGUUGAAGAACCCCAAGGCGUUGCUGUAG